AUGCAAUCUUUAGGGGUCUCUGGAAAUAGAAAGGUUAUGCAGUCUGGAACCUGUGAGCCUUUUCAAUCUCUAAGUCAUCAGAGAAAUGAUGAAGAGGCAGUUGUGGAUAGAGGUGGAACUCGUUCUAUUCUCAAAACACACUUUGAGAAAGAAGAUUUAGAAGGUCAUCGGACACUAUUUAUUGGAGUUCAUGUGCCCCUGGGAGGAAGAAAAAGCCAUCGACGUCACAGGCAUCGUGGUCAUAAACACAGAAAGAGAGACAGAGAGAGAGAUUCGGGACUAGAGGAUGGCAGGGAGUCACCUUCCUUUGACACCCCAUCACAGCGGGUACAGUUUAUUCUUGGAACUGAGGAUGAUGAUGAGGAACACAUUCCUCAUGACCUUUUUACGGAACUGGAUGAGAUUUGCUGGCGUGAAGGUGAGGAUGCUGAAUGGCGAGAAACAGCCAGGUGGUUGAAGUUUGAAGAAGAUGUGGAAGAUGGAGGGGAAAGGUGGAGCAAGCCUUAUGUGGCUACUCUAUCACUGCACAGCUUGUUUGAGUUGAGAAGUUGUAUUCUGAAUGGAACUGUGUUGCUGGACAUGCAUGCCAACACUUUAGAAGAAAUUGCAGAUAUGGUCCUUGAUCAACAAGUGAGCUCAGGUCAGCUCAAUGAUGAUGUACGCCACAGGGUCCACGAGGCACUGAUGAAACAGCAUCACCACCAGAAUCAGAAAAAACUCACCAAUAGGAUUCCCAUUGUUCGUUCCUUUGCUGAUAUUGGCAAGAAACAAUCAGAACCAAAUUCCAUGGAUAAAAAUGGUCAGGUUGUUUCUCCUCAGUCGGCUCCAGCCUGUGUUGAGAAUAAGAAUGAUGUGAGCAGGGAAAACAGCACUGUUGACUUUAGCAAGGGCCUGGGAGGCCAACAAAAGGGGCAUGCUAGUCCAUGUGGGAUGAAACAAAGGCAUGAAAAAGGACCUCCACACCAGCAAGAGAGAGAGGUUGAUCUGCAUUUUAUGAAGAAGAUUCCUCCAGGUGCUGAAGCUUCAAACAUCUUAGUUGGGGAAUUGGAGUUUUUGGAUCGAACUGUAGUUGCGUUUGUCAGGUUGUCUCCAGCUGUACUGCUUCAAGGACUGGCUGAAGUCCCAAUCCCAACCAGAUUUUUGUUCAUUCUUCUGGGACCCCUGGGAAAGGGGCAACAGUACCAUGAGAUUGGCAGAUCAAUUGCAACCCUAAUGACAGAUGAGGUAUUUCAUGAUGUUGCUUACAAAGCUAAAGAUCGUAACGACUUGGUAUCAGGAAUUGAUGAAUUUCUGGAUCAGGUUACUGUUCUCCCUCCUGGAGAAUGGGAUCCAAGCAUUCGAAUAGAGCCUCCCAAAAAUGUUCCUUCCCAGGAGAAGAGGAAGAUUCCUGCUGUACCAAAUGGAACAGCAGCUCAUGGGGAAGCCGAGCCCCACGGAGGACAUAGUGGACCUGAACUCCAGCGAACUGGAAGGAUUUUUGGGGGACUUAUUUUAGAUAUCAAAAGAAAAGCUCCAUACUUCUGGAGUGACUUCAGAGAUGCUUUCAGCUUGCAGUGCUUAGCAUCUUUUCUGUUUCUCUACUGCGCGUGUAUGUCUCCCGUCAUCACAUUUGGAGGACUGCUAGGAGAAGCAACUGAAGGGCGAAUAAGUGCGAUCGAAUCUCUCUUUGGAGCGUCCAUGACUGGGAUAGCCUAUUCUCUCUUUGGUGGACAGCCUCUUACCAUAUUAGGCAGUACAGGACCAGUUUUGGUGUUUGAAAAGAUUUUGUUUAAAUUUUGCAAAGAAUAUGGGCUGUCAUACCUAUCUUUAAGAGCUAGUAUUGGACUUUGGACUGCAACCCUGUGUAUCAUACUUGUGGCCACUGAUGCAAGCUCCCUUGUCUGCUAUAUCACCCGGUUUACUGAAGAAGCUUUUGCUUCUCUUAUUUGCAUCAUUUUCAUUUAUGAGGCCCUGGAGAAGUUGUUUGAACUCAGUGAAGCAUAUCCGAUCAACAUGCAUAAUGAUUUGGAACUGCUGACACAAUAUUCGUGUAACUGUGUGGAACCACAUAAUCCUAGCAAUGAUACUUUGAAGGAAUGGAGGGAGUCCAAUAUUUCUGCCUCUGACAUAAUUUGGGAGAACCUAACUGUGUCGGAAUGCAAAUCAUUGCAUGGAGAGUAUGUUGGACGAGCUUGUGGCCACGAGCACCCAUAUGUUCCAGAUGUUCUAUUUUGGUCAGUGAUCCUGUUCUUUUCCACAGUUACUCUGUCAGCCACACUGAAGCAGUUCAAGACUAGCCGCUAUUUUCCAACCAAGGUGCGAUCCAUAGUGAGCGACUUUGCUGUCUUUCUUACGAUUCUGUGUAUGGUUUUAAUUGACUAUGCCAUUGGGAUCCCAUCUCCAAAACUACAAGUACCAAGUGUUUUCAAGCCCACAAGAGAUGAUCGUGGCUGGUUUAUUACACCUUUAGGCCCAAAUCCAUGGUGGACAGUAAUAGCUGCUAUUAUUCCAGCUUUACUUUGUACUAUUCUAAUUUUUAUGGACCAACAGAUUACAGCCGUCAUCAUCAACAGAAAAGAGCAUAAGCUAAAGAAAGGUUGUGGGUACCAUCUGGAUCUAUUAAUGGUGGCUGUCAUGCUUGGUGUGUGCUCCAUCAUGGGCCUGCCGUGGUUUGUGGCUGCCACUGUCCUCUCCAUCACUCAUGUCAACAGCCUAAAACUGGAAUCAGAAUGUUCAGCUCCAGGAGAACAACCCAAAUUUCUUGGCAUUCGGGAGCAAAGGGUUACUGGGCUUAUGAUUUUUAUUCUUAUGGGUUCAUCAGUCUUUAUGACCAGUAUUCUGAAGUUUAUUCCUAUGCCAGUGCUAUAUGGAGUGUUCCUUUAUAUGGGUGCUUCAUCGCUAAAAGGAAUUCAGUUCUUCGAUAGAAUAAAGCUCUUCUGGAUGCCUGCAAAACAUCAACCAGAUUUUAUAUAUCUAAGGCAUGUACCACUUCGAAAAGUCCAUCUCUUCACAGUUAUUCAGAUGAGUUGCCUUGGCCUUUUGUGGAUAAUAAAAGUUUCAAGAGCUGCUAUUGUCUUUCCCAUGAUGGUGUUAGCUCUGGUAUUUGUAAGAAAGUUGAUGGACUUGCUGUUUACCAAACGGGAACUCAGCUGGUUGGAUGAUUUAAUGCCUGAGAGUAAGAAAAAGAAACUAGAAGAUGCUGAAAAAGAAGAAGAACAAAGUAUGCUGGCUAUGGAAGAUGAGGGCACAGUACAACUCCCAUUGGAGGGGCACUAUAGAGAUGAUCCAUCUGUGAUCAAUAUUUCUGAUGAAAUGUCAAAGACUGCCUUGUGGAGGAACCUUCUGAUUACUGCCGAUAACUCAAAAGAUAAGGAGUCAAGCUUUCCUUCUAAAAGCAUUGAAAGCCGAAAUGAGAAGAAAGCUGACUCAGGGAAAGGUGUUGACAGGGAGACUUGUCUAUGA